GGAAAUAGUUCAGACGCAUAAAUUUGACAAAGAGUCUUCAAAGGCACAAAAGCCAAGAUGAUGAACAAGGAUUAAGCUCGAAGCAUCUGAGAUGCCAUAGACAAAUAUUCCUGCUUCAGAAGCAUUAAAAAGCACUUCUUUAGGGGCGUUUCACGGGCUAUAUGUCGUCUUUAUAAAUUAGGGGAAUGUUUGGUUUUCGCAAGAGUAGACUUUGCAUGGUACAAAUGCGACAGAACAAUUGCAUUUAACAUUGGAACAGCAAGUGCUUUUGCUUGGACACGCGAGAUGGCCAGAGUGCGAUGCAUUCAGCACCUGUCAGGAUGGUUUGUUCUCUUCAGCUUAAUGACACGCCAGAGUCACUCCAUUGAGACAGUGAAUGUUGUGGACUUCUGUGGACAGACAAUACAGGGGGACGGCAUGGUCGUAAAGUCCCACCAGGAGUCCCGGAAGUAUUACUUUGUCUCCAUGGGAACGGAUUGCCUCCUCACCAUGCAGUCCGCCACCCCCCGGGACAAGGUGCAAUUCUACUUCCGCUUCUUUCUGGUCUACAGCCUGCUAAGAGUGUCCCCGCACAGCCCUGCACCCCUCUUCCAAGAAUCACCCAAGGGGUCCUCAUCAUCCGGCCCAACGCGGCCUGACCAGAGCUUGGAGCCAACCACUGGGGAGGUGCCUGGAGACCCCUGCCACGCUGGCUCGUACAUCCAGUUCUAUGAUGGGAGGGAUAAGUCUGCACCUCCUAUUGGCCAACCACUCUGUGGGAAGAAUCCUCCUCGACCAGUGUUGUCAACGGGCAACUUUCUAACUCUGCGUCUUGUGACACGAGGAACUCAGCCAAGGGUGGACUUUGUUGGAGACUUCACUUCAUUCAGGCUGGGUUCGAAUCCUUACUUCAACUGUCGCAAUGGGAAGUGUAUUCCCAUGAGUCUGGUUUGUGCGGAUGAUAAAGGCAUUGACAACUGUGGUGAUGGCAGUGACUUAAUUGAUUACCCUGGUUGCAGUGGUCCCCUAUCUACACCCAAGCCCCCACAGCAUCAUGUUACCCAACCAGCACAGAUACUGAACGUUCCCACUCGGACAGUGUCCACUUUAAAGAACUGUGCAACAUCAAACGCCAUUCCUGAUCCAGAUUCUGUGACCGAUUCCCAGUCUUCCAUUUCUCUGCUGGCGCUGUAUGUGGUUCUGGGUGUGACUGCAGUGGGGGUUGUCAUGUGCUGGUGCUGUUGGGCCCCUGGCUGGUUCCUGUGGCGUGUGAGUGUGUUUCGCUUCCUGCCCUGCUGCAACUCCUGCUGCGCAUCGUGCCAGCUGUGCGGACGGAGCUGCUCGCAAAACAAGGAGCACCGAUUGGCAAAGGUUACACCGGAAGGAGCCGCAACACCUGUGUUGUCUAUCACCACAGUGGCUGUGUAAAUACCCUCCUCUGAUCUCUCCCAGAUCCUUAAAAGACUCAGAAUGGAGAUGCUGAGGACAGUAGGCUAGGAAGUGGUAUAAUAGUAAAAGUGUUCCUUUUUCAUUUUUUACAAUAAAAAAGGAGCAAGAUUUGCUGGGCAGUGGAGUGUUUUUCACUCUUUUUUUUGUUUUCAAAAAUUAUAGAAUAUAAUUCAACAAAUUCUGCUGGUUUUUUUUUUUUAAACUGGAUUUGUUAUAUGUAUUUCAUAGAUACUGGAUCUGGGGAAAUGACAUGAGCUGAGAUUUCUAGAUUCUAGUUGGUUUCGCAAAGUGAAAACUUCAAGAAUUCCACCUCAGUGGGAUACUGUGAACACUCCAGCUACAAAAUUGUAAAAAAAAAAAUAUAUAUUAUCAAAAGUUUCCAUUAAAAUGCUCAUAAAGCUACCAAAACUACCAGGAACUAUUGGAUCACAUUUACAAACUAUGUUCAUUCAAGGUUAUGCCAAAUAAGUGGUAAUACUCUGUAAGCUUUGUUCUGAGAAGUGUUUCCUUAAAAAAACAAAUCUUGCGUUUUCACUGACAUAAAAGCUGAGAAGCCUAAGUUAUUGAUGCCACUGUUUAAGAAAAUGUGAUGUGCAAAAUAACUACUGUAAUGUACAUAAAUAAAACCUUAAAAUCGUGCCUAUUUUUUUUAGGUAGAACUGGUAAAUAUGAUUAGAGGAACUACAAAGUGUAUGUUUUUUUAU